AUGAAUCUUCUUUGUCUCCCGCCCGCGCUGCUCGCCUUCAUCGCCGCCCUCCCCCUCGCCCACGCGCAAUACCCUCCGCCCGCCUCGUACCAGAACAUCCUCACCUCGCCCGUCAACCCCAAUGUCUCGGUCGCGUACAAGCAGCCCACGAAUGGGACAUGUACGACCGCCUUCACCACCCAGAAACAGUACACAGGCUACAUAAGCAUACCGCCGUAUACGCUCGCUCCAAUCCAGCAAAACUACUCUAUUAAUACUUUCUUCUGGUUCAUUGAAGCGCGGCAAACACCAGAGACGGCGCCUCUCACAAUAUGGCUGAAUGGAGGACCAGGCUCGAGCAGCAUGUUCGGCCUGUUCAAUGAGGUGGGGCCUUGCGAGGUGGUACAGAUGGCGGAUGGAAGAUAUGGCACCCAGAUGAGGACGUUUGGCUGGGAUCGUGCCUCUAACAUUCUCUUCAUCGACCAGCCGAAUCAGGUCGGCUUUUCAUACGAUAGCACCACCAAUGCGUCGCUGGAUCUGUUCACAAACGAGAUCUUCGAACCUCCAACACCCCCAGAUUCGCAGCUGCCGAGCUUCAUGUAUCUUAACGGGACAUUUGGCACGGCCAGCGAGAACGAUUCGAGGACAUACGCGACGACCGCAAACACGACUCAGAUCGCCGCGAGAGCGACAUGGCAUUUCCUACAGACUUGGCUAUCUACGUUCAGCCAGUACAAUCCAUCCACAAGGCCGAAUGUUACCACUACGAGUUCGUCUGAACCGGCUGGUAUCAAUCUCUUCACCGAGUCGUAUGGCGGCAAGUACGGCCCUGUCUUCGCCACAUACUUCGAAGAUCAAAACACCGCCAUCGCCAACGGCCAGCUUCCUAGUAACAGUACUCUUCCCAUCAGGUUGCAGUCAUUGGGCAUUAUGAAUGGUCUUGUCGAUGACUUGAUCCAAGACUACUACUUCCCCUAUUACGCCUACAACAACACCUAUGGCAUCGAGAUUAUCUCACAGACCGACCAGCUCAACGCGCUCAACCUCUUCUCUAAUCAAUGCCAGCCUGCGAUUCAGAGCUGUCGCAUGGCGAACCAGGACCUCUUCGGUGACAACGAACAGGCCAAUCAGCUAUGCGAGGCCGCGCAAUGGACAUGCAACAACCUCACGUCAAUCGCCACUGCGCAUGGCUACUUCCCCUACGACAUACGCCAAAAGUCACCCAGCCCUGAUCCCUCUGCUGCAUACCAAGAAUACCUGAACCAGGAAGACGUGUUGAGUGCGAUUGGAGCUCGAGUGAACUACACCGAAAGCAGUCCAUAUGUCCAGCAAGACUUCAUCUCCACCGGCGACAGCAUUCGAGGUGGCCUUAUUGAGGACAUUGCAGAUUUGUUGAAGCUUGGCGUGCGCGUCGCUCUCAUCUAUGGCGACGCCGACUUCUUGGUGAACUGGUAUGGUGGACAAGCUAUCGCAUACGCAGUCGCAAAUUCUCUACCAAACUACCCAUUCCCCACGAGCGUCGCGGCAUCUGGAGCCGGUAUCCCUCCCAGCUACGCAAGCGGCUUCGCGAAUGCAGGAUUCGCUGAGAUUGUCGUCAACGACUCGUACGUCGGCGGUGCAGUAAAACAGUACGGCAACCUCAGCUUCAGCAGAGUCUACGAUGCCGGACACUUUAUCCCAUACUACCAACCCGAAACGGCCUUCCAAAUCUUCGCCCGCGUCAUCAUGGGCACCGACCUGUCCACCGCCGCAGACGUCGACCUCUCAUCCUUCGCCUCGAACGGCACGGCCAACGCCACAUACACCGCCUCGGCACCACCAGCGCCCUCACCAACAUGUUGGGUACGCAACUGGAACGGCUCGUGCAGCACCAGCGACACCGAAGCCAUGCAAAACGGCGAAGGACUCAUCAAAUACGGCAUGUACGUCCAGAACUCAGAUAGCAUCACCCUGCCGAGCACGAGCGUCAACGCGGGCAUUCCUGGAUCGCCCAUGUCGACCACGUCAAGUGGGAGCAGAGAGGCUAAGGCUUCUGAGACGACAACGACACCGUUGACGGGUGUGUACACGGCUACUGGAACGCCCACUUCCUCAGGCGGUGCGGCGCCUACGGCCGUUCCUGGACUGGACGGAAGGGUGGGAAUGAUCCUCUCAGGCGCUUUACUCGGCGCAGCGGUCAUGAUAUGA